AUGUUUGCUAAAGCCACUAAGAACGUGCUCUCUGAGAUUGACACUGAAGGAUCCCUGAUCCCAAUGUCCCGUCUGAAUGACUCGGACGGUCUGGUUCCUCUGUCCCUGGUCAUCAAGCGUAACCGCUACUGGUUUUGGCAGCGGCCAAAGUACCAGCCAUCAGACUUCAAACUAAAUGAUGUUCUCGUUGGAGAUCCGAUAAAUCCAGUUGUGGUUGAAACAGACUUUUUGACCUAUAAUGGCAAAGUUGUGGAUAACAAAAGUGGAAGUGCUGCAGCGGAAAUUGGGCCAGGGAGUAUUAAUGUAGGGGGGUCUGGCUCCAGCAAACUUCAGUCAUCGUUUGGAAACCUAAAGAAACAGGAAGUGGAUGUCCAGAAGCUCUUACAGGAUUCCAAAUCUAGAGUUCUGGACCUGCAGCACUCUCUGAUCCAGCAGAUACGGGAGACGCAGAGGGAGGUGUUGACGGUAGUGAAGGAACGAAUCUUCACCACUCAGCCCUGCACCGUCACUGAGGAGGUUCAGGAAGGAGGUACCUGCACUGGAAUGUUGGGCUUCAAUAAGACAAUAAAGAUUUCAGUCAAUGAUAAAGGGAAGUCUUUUAUUGAGUAUGACACUAAUGUGUCUAUCAAUAUCCCCCCCAAAACCACUAUUGCUUACAGCGUGAUUGAACUCGAUGUUGCGCACACUGGACAAUAUGGAUUGUGUCUGCUGCCAAAUGUAAAAGGCGGUUUUGAAGUUGACGGGCCAGUGAAGGUGAAGCAAGUUAACUCACUUAGUGCUGCACCAGGGAAAACAACCAGCAAACUGCAGAGAGAUCUUGAAGGACUCCAAGGGCAGUUUACAGUUCUCUCUAAACUCCCAUCCAACACGCGCCGCUCAUUAUUUCAGCAGAUCUCUCUGCUCCUGCAGAACAGUGUAGCCAUCAGCUUGCUGGAGGACGCGCUAGAGGACCUGUGUAAUGGGAUGCAGCCUGAUCCCAAUGCGUUAGAUGAGGUUCCUGCUCUGAAGGCCACACUGGAGCUUGUACAGAAGGCUGCUGGUUCAAACUCCACUGGACAGCAGAUGAAACCCAGUGCUCUUACUGCCACCUACCUGCUUUUCAGCUCCUUAGAUGAGAUGACUGACUCUGCCCUGUUUGAGCUCAAAUCCUGCUGCAGUUAUGCAACCCUGCAAUCUCUGCUCCAUCUUGUGCAAAAUAUGGCUUCAAAUAAGAAAUCCUUUUCGAAAGAUGCUGCUCUGGCUGUAUUAGCGGAAGAGAAGGUUUUCAAGAAGAUUACAGCACUCUUUGCUUCUUGUAACGUGACCUUGCUUAAGGAGAAGGAUUCACUCAUUACAAAAAUCAGCAACCCACAGGAUCGCCUCCCCCUAAUGCUAUGCAUUGCAAUCAAAGGUUUGGCAUCUCUAGUGCCCCCUGUCUGACUGGAGUACAAAAACAAACAAAAAAACCUGGCACAAGCUAUUAACUUACAAGGACCAAAGGGCCUUAAAGCCUGCAGGUGGAUGAACUGGGGCCCGUUUCAAUAAGGAGGUUCAAACAAGUCUGAGUUAAAACUUGAACUCUUAGUUGACUUACCCUGAAAUGGGAAACUCUGAACAUCUGAAUUGAGUUAGUUCAAUCGACUCUGAGUAGGUUGAGUCUGAGUUAAGCACGUGCACCACGACUAUGAAAAGCCAUCAUCAAUGGAGCUCCGAUAUUAUGAUUCACCAUGGCAACAGCAUGUGACAAAAGGACAUCCGCAUACUUCUGAGUCAAUGCAAGUUUAAUUCUUAUCACUGUUAUAAUAUCAGGGGUGAAAACUGGCAGAACGGUAAGUUAUUGAACUAAUAUUCAUUUUCAUGGUAUCCCACAUGCAAAUAAAAAAAAGAAAAUAAUAAUUUAAGUGCAUUUUUUAUUUUGCAAAUUAUGUUGUGUUUACUAUUUAAGCUAAAAGUAGCAGUUCUUUGCAAUAAGUUUAAUUAAGUAUUUAGGUAAUUAGGCUACUAUUUAUAUUUUAUGCUGGCAGAUACAUACUAUUUGCACCUCAGUAUAGUUGUACAUUAACAGGAUGCAAUAAUUAAUACGAGUAAAUUAUUUUAUCAUUAUUAAACACUCGUUAGGCAAUUUACUUCAUCUUUUAGAACAUUUUCUUAAUUUUUAUUGAAAAAUGAAUACCUUUCUGAUGUGAUAAGAGAUGAGAAAAGGGAGAAGAGCGAGCUAGGCAAAAGGCGGACUCGAACCUGGUCAACGGCGUCACAAGUUAGUUCUCUGCGCCCAACACACUACUGCCUACACCACUGAAACCAUUAAUCACGUGUUGAUUCUAACAUUGUGUGACAUUGUGGACGGAACUACUGUAAAUUCGCACUUAGUAAUAGACUCUCUGCAUAAUCCUGUUUUCUGUUUGAUUGUAUUGUAAAAACGCAGUAUAAUGCACUUAAUUUAGAUCCCCUGGGAAACCAGACUAAAUAUCUUAUAUAGAAAAUCCAUCUUGAUUUAAGAAAAUUAUAUAACAAUUUUUAGAUACUUGAAAUAAGACAAAAAAUACUCUAAGAAAAGUGUUUUUGCAGCAUGAAUGAGGCUCGCGACCAGGUUAGGUUCACAGAGUAAGUUACCAUGGUAACUGACUCUGAGUAUAAGUUACCUCUCUUUCAGAAACGGGCUUGACUUACCCUUCUUUCUCGGGUUUAACAUACCUCCUAUUCUGAAACGGAAAACCCAGAGUUUCCCUCAUUUCAAGGUUAACAUACUCAGAGUUUUCACUUAACCUCCUUUCCUGAAACGGGCCCCUGCUCUCUGCGAUGACAAAUAAUAAUAAAGGAUGCUUAAGUGGCCUUUCAGCUGUUUUGUGGAUGACAUAGCAAAAACAGCAAUCAUUUUGAAAUUGUCUUUUUGUAAACUGACUAUUUGUAAUUAUGUUUAUAUAUUUGUUGUUGUUUUUUAAAGUACUUCUGUAAUAUCAAAUCUUUUAAAGUGGAUAGCCAAUACUGUGAAAUAAUGUACAAUAAAUUCACGUAUUUGGGCCGGUUUUGUAAUUCACUGUA